AGCACCCCGGGUCAGAACCACCCUGAGGGAGCUGUCCCAGCAGAAGCUGUUCUGGGAGGGGAGCGGGUAAGCGGGCGCCGGGGCUGAACAAAGCCGGCCUGAUGCCUCCGCCUGCCUGGCGGUGAGGAUUGGGCCAUCCCCCUCGGAAGGAGACCCUCGAGAAGGCGAACAUCGGGUGACAAAAGAAGAUCUUAUUUUUACAUCAAAAGAGGUCAAAUUGUAAUUAUUCGGUAUGGCAUAUGGUUUGCCAAGAAAGCGCACAGUGAAAUCAAUUUUGCGAGGAAGUUGCUACAACGUUCAGGAGCCCUGGGAGCUAGCUAUGCUUACAAAGUCCUUGUAUGACAACAUUGCCAAUAUUGGAGUACCUCUUUUUGAAGAUAUUAUUUAUAGCUGUCCUUUUAAAAUAAAUACUGGGAAAAGAACUGAGGACACACUACUCCCCACACCAGAAACAAUAAAUGCUGAAAGGGCAUAUGAACUGAACCACUUACGUGAACUUGAAAUUCAGAAAAAUUCAGCAGAACAAAUUCAGUCUUUGCUAAAAGACAGGAAAUUUGGCUUAAGAAGACCUCUUCCACCCAAGAAGUGAAGAUCGUUUGAAUUUUUUAGAGGCAUGCUCCUUUGUCUCUCUAUCCGAAGGGGAUGAGGGGAUUCAGACCAUUCACCUUCUAAUACAUCAGUUGGUACAGACAGAAAUCAACAAAGAGCAUUAUCUUGGUGGGUGAACAAGCUCCCCUGAAAAUACUUCAUCUGAUGACCUAAUACACCAUCCGUACCAUCCGGUGUUGCAUUUCAUCUUUAGGCUCUUAGCCUCGAACAGUAUAUACUUUAAAUGCACAUAAAUGAAAAUGAAAAAAUGAAUGAAGAAUUCUGCUUGUGAAGGUCAUAUGAAGUGCUGUAUCCACCAUAUCCUGUUAUUCUGUGGCAGAAUCAUAUUUCCUGGAAAGAUGGUGGCCAUACCAUGAUUACAUGUUGAUCUCAAGCAGCUCAGGGCAGGUGGUUAGACUGAACUAAUACAUAAUUUCUCACGUUUUGGUUUCCUGCCAGGAUUUAGUGUUACAGAUGAAGUGGUUUUGCCACAUUUUUAAUUAAGGAAUUUAGAAUCUAUUUCAUGUUUUCUCUUGAUAAAAAUUCCUGGAGGAUUUCUUCCUUUUAAAAAAAAGUUUCAAAAUGAAGAUACCU